AUGUAUGUUCAUCAUAUCUAGAGAGAAACAUGAACACAAAUGAUCAACAAGGGUCUCUAAACAUGAUGAAGCGACGGUGGUUGCAAGAUCACCAAAGAAGACUCAUGCAACAACCCUACAUCAACAUGCAACUUCCUUCUCAAAAUAAUAACAACAACAUGAUUCACAAGUUUCUAAAAGAAGAAGAUGAUUUGAUAGCCGGGGUUAUUCCGGCUGUGACGGUUGUUGUGGAAGGUCGUUCAAUCUGCCACCGGAUCAGCCUUCACAAUCACGAUGGUUACAACAGUUUAGCGAAGGCGCUCCGCCACAUGCUGGUGGAUGAUCAGGAAGAAGAGCAGGCUGCUGGAGGUGGAGGACUUGAUCUGUCGAACGCGGUACCGGGUCAUAUCAUUGCUUAUGAAGAUAUGGAAAAUGAUCUUCUCCUUGCUGGUGAUCUUAACUGGAAGGACUUUACAAGGGUGGCAAGGAGAAUUCGAAUAAUUCCGGUGAAGGGAAAUUCAAGUAAAGGAAAAGGAUUAAAGUAGAGUUAGCAUUGAAGGAAUAAUGAGUGUUUAUUCCUAUGUAACAUGUUGUGUUCGAAGCAUAUCAUGUAGUGUUUGUUGUGUUUUCUUUCAUUGUUUUUCCUCAUAAUUAAUGCUACAAUCUUAUUGUGUGUUAAACUUAAACACACACUCA